UGACAAUCCAUAGCUCGUAUUUGUAUAGCCUUCUUCCCACGCUACCUUUGUUGUCUUGCCGCUUCCUUUGUACCUGUCAUGUAGAAGCAAGCAAUGGAUGCGGACGAACCCUUCACUGAGCAAGUCGACUUUAGCGGUCUCUUUCAACAGCGCGGAAAAGCAAAGAACUCAAUUAAAGAGCAAAAACCUAAGGUUGCUUUAAAAGCUGAAAAGCCAAAGGCCGCGAAGAAAAGCUCGGCGGCCGAGUUGAAAAAGGAACGCAAGGAUGCCGGUGAUACGCAAGGACCAAAGGGCGUCAAACGGAAGGCGAAAGAUAAGCCGGAGAUGGGACACCGGAGCUUGGCGACGGUUGCGCAGCAGCCAACGGUGGUCAAUCAUGAGUCGCCUAAGAAGAAGAAGCGCAUAAACGAGGACUUCUGGCCGUUUGAAGGUAUCGGCAGCGUCUUGGUGCCGUUCGUUUGUUGGAGGUUGUUCUGCCAGCUCAUGCACUUGACAUCUCCUCCGCAGUCGAUUAUAACGACCACUUUGAGACAUCGCUCCGCGCUAUCCAGGACAUUGAGCCUAUCUUGAGGCAGCUGUGCAAAAAGCUGCGCAAGCAACCCUCGGAGUUGGCGGUGUAUGACCCCUUCUUUUGCAAGGGGGGCAUUAGGCGGCAUUAUGAGGCGCUGGGCUUCACCAACUUCAUCCACAGGAAGCGCGACUUUUACAAGGACCUGGAAGCCGGGGAGCUGCCGGAGUACGACAUUAUGGUGACUAACCCGCCGUACUCGGGUGACCACAAGGAGCGUGCCCUGGAGAUCUGCCUGCGCUCCCAGCGGCCCUGGGCGCUGCUGCUGCCCAACUACGUGGCCACAAAGGCCUACUUCUCCGAGCUGCUGACCGCCACCGCCACCCCCGCCUCGCAGCGCCCCUUCUUCCUCACACCCCGCGUGCGCUACUCGUACGACCACCCGGAGGGGACCGGACAUGCGGAGUCGCCCUUCUUCAGCAUCUGGUAUGUGGGUCUGGGCCCCCUCACGGAGGCGGUGUACGGCGCAUGCAGGACGCGGCUGGCGGGGGCAGGGGCGGCUCCCGAGGCGGGUGCGGGUGUGGCAGCGAGUGCGGGUGCGGGCGACAAGGCCAGCAAACAGCCUGGAAGCGGAAAGCAGCUACCGGGAAGCGACGGAAAGCAGGGGGCAGGAGCAGCAGGCGGCCCCAAGGCUCGAGGAGCAGGAGAGGGUGCUGGUUCCUCCUCAGCUGCCGCCUCCGCCGCCGGAGCCGCCUCGUGGGAUGUAUCGCUGGCUCGCUCGGUGGAUGCGUUGAAGCAGGCGGGGGCGGUGCCCACUGCGCGGCGACUCAACCCCAAGCAGCGCUUGCGACUCAAGCAGCAGCGCCAGCAGCAGGGGCAGGCGGGGGGAAAGGGGAAGAGCUAGGUUGGGGUGAAAAGAAGACUAUCCCAUGUGUUGUGUGGUAGUGGUAAAUCAGCUGACAAGCCCUGGGGAUAGGGGGCCAUGGUUACCGGCUGGCGUGGGGGUUGGCAAUGGUUACAUGGGGUAACCACAAAAAGUAAGGUAGGGAUUGGCGAUUGGCGGCAAGAGGGUGGAACAUUUGGGAGGUGUAAAGGUUGCUGAGUUGCGUCAGGAGCUGGACGUUUGAAGCAGCUGAGGUUGAGAUCAUCCGAAAUCACUGUCACUUAUGCGGGGAGGCCGCAUAAUGCCCGAUGAGUGCCAUAAGGUCCAAACGCGUGCAUGUGCAUGCGAUGUAACAGGGCAUGGUACGUG